GCUGUGGCCUUGUGUUGAAGUUGGCGGCGUGUUGGUUGUCAUGAUGGCAGCGUUCGGUGUGUGGAAGUACAGGAAUUUAACGGAAUUGGAUCCGGAGCAAUCAGCGACACUUGUUCAGUUUUCCAAUGGGAAACUCUCAAAUUCAGAAAAUGUGGAAUUUCAGCUGCAUAAAAAUAUACACCGAAAUCAUCCCCGGAAAAAGCAUCAACUAAUCUUGUCUGCUGAGACUGAUAGAUUGACCUACGUUGGAAAUAAUUUUGGACCAAAUGCCCUGAAGUGUAAUUCAUUGUGCAAGUACUUUGUUGGUGUACUAAAUAAAAGAACUGGGAAAAUGGAGGUGUAUGAUGCACAGCUUUUCAACAUGCAGCCCUUCUUUCCUGGUGAAUCUGCCAUUGAAGGAGAUACCAGUGAAAAAGGCACUUCUUACAGGGAGAAGGUGGAUUCCCUCAUUGAGGCGUUUGGCACAAAGAAACAAAAACGUGCCCUAAGCUCUCGCAGACUGAAUCAGGUCGGGAAUGAGACUUUACAGAUAGCUGUAGCCAAAGCAGCAGAAAAUAUAAUUGAAAAGAAAGGAAUCACAGCUAUAACUAGUGAGGCGACACAGUUCGAGUCUCAGGACAAGUCAGACUUUCUUCCACCUUGUCAUGCUGAUGCGGAUAAGCCUGAAGAUGUUUACAAGUUUGAGGACCUCAUCUCAUCUACUGAAUAUCAAGCAAUUGAAGCACAUUGUGAAUUACCGAAGAUUAGUGCUGCAGAAGAAAUUAGUAAAUUGGCACAAACUGGCAACUAUUCCUUCUUUGUCCUGGAAUCACUGAAGUCCUUACCUCAGGAUGAGAAAAGUCGUGGUCAUAUGUGUUAUUGCCUACAUUACUUACAGAUUCUGAUAAGAUUACACAAUUUAAGAGACCGUGAAUUGAAGCAGAAAGAUUCCCUUGGGAGUGAUGUUGCAGAUGUUGUAAGAAGCAGUUUGAUGAAAAAAUUCACAGUCCUCACUUAUAACAAUGGACGGGUAAAACAUGUAAUGACAGCCUCUAUGAAAGCUAAGACAGUGGCAUACAUUAUUGCACUGGCUUUACACAUCAGUAGUUUUCAAACUAACCUCACGUAUCUACAGCGGGAUUUAAAAAUCAGUGAAAAUAGAAUAUUGGACAUUGCAAGAGCAAUGGGCUUAAAGAUUGCAAAGAAAAAGGUGGAUAUUCCUGGCAGUACUGCAGAGGACCAUAAAUUAGCAACACUCUCAUUACCACUGGAUAUGCGAGCUAAACCUCAUGGUCGCAAAAGGAAGAAAAUGACAUAAUGUUGUACAUAGAGACACAGUCAAAUGUCACAUCAGUCCCCAAGACCACAGAAUGGUAACUUAUGAAGAACAUCUAAGCAGAACACUGGCAUGAAGAGUUGGCCAAUAUUUCAAAUUUUUAUUUUUGAAAAGGAAUAUCCAGGGUCUGUUAACAGUGCAAUUGAAGUGGGGUUAAUAGUCGACUGUCAAACUACAUAUUUUGUAUUCUUAAUUAAACAUCAAAAUACAAAGAGUAA